UAUUUAUUGAUGAGCACGCACCUUCAUUUGAUUCAUUUUUCUUCGCCAAAAGAAAUUCAUAAAUUUAAUUGAAAACACCCAAAAGAAAAAAAUCGAAGCUUUGAGAGAUCCCACCAAGCAAUAUGAGUGAAGAAGACAAAAACAGAGCGGUCGUUGUUGAUCAUCAUCAUCAACAUCACCAUGAACAAAUUCCUCCACCGCCACCUCAAUACGGUACGUUUCAAGGUGUUGCUAAUUACCCUCCUCCGCCGGUAAUUGGGUUCCCUCAGCCUGUUCCUCCGCCUGGCGCCGCAGAGCCUUCCGGACCUUACUAUCCUCACGGCUACCAGACUGUGCAAGGUUAUGCUGUUGCUGAAGGGAGACCAGUGAGAGAGCGUCGCCUUCCUUGCUGUGGUAUUGGUUUUGGAUGGUUCUUGUUUAUCAUCGGAUUCUUCCUUGGUGGCAUCCCCUGGUAUGUUGGGCUUUUUGUUCUACUUUGUGCAAGGAUAGAUCCCCGAGAAAAACCCGGAUAUAUUACUUGCACCAUUGCUUUUCACCAGUACCAGGUGGUGGGAAGAGCUUUGCCCACAGAAAGUGAUGAGCAUCCCAAGAUCUACAGAAUGAAGCUCUGGGCUACCAACGAAGUUCGUGCCAAAUCCAAGUUUUGGUAUUUCUUGAGGAAGCUGAAAAAAGUUAAGAAGAGCAACGGGCAAAUGUUAGCAAUUAAUGAGAUCUUUGAGAAGAAUCCUACCAAAGUUAAGAACUAUGGUAUCUGGUUGCGAUAUCAAAGCAGAACUGGGUAUCACAAUAUGUACAAGGAAUACCGAGACACCACUCUAAACGGUGCAGUAGAACAAAUGUACACUGAGAUGGCUUCUCGUCACAGAGUGAGGCAUCCAUGCAUUCAGAUAAUCAAGACAGCCACCAUACCUGCCAAGCUUUGCAAGAGGGAAAGCACCAAGCAGUUCCACAACUCCAAAAUCAAGUUCCCUCUGGUUUUCAAGAAAGUUAGGCCACCUACAAGGAAGCUCAAGACUACAUACAAGGCAACAAGGCCCAACUUGUUCAUGUAACUCCCCUGUGUUUCUCACUUCCUCAUAUUGUGUGUUUGGGGCUAUAUGGUAUGGAUUAAUGCACCUGUGUUCACUUUUUUGUCAUAUCAGUUCUAUUUAGAUGUGUGACUUGUGAAGAUGAUUAUGAACCUUCUUUUGGAAAAAAUUAAGUUGUUCUUAUGAAGGUGUUUAGCUUUGACA